CAGAGAAACAAUAUUGUAUAUAGCACAUGACACUAAUCAUCAUCUUUAUUUGACAAGAACUCUUUAAGUUACAAAGCGCCUCACAUAACAGCAUGUUACAAACCAGCAAUAAUAAAAGCAGAUAGAAAGACUUAUUGGUAAAUAGGGAUAUUAGAAAGAAGUUAAAUAAUAUACAAGAAAUAAAAAGAUUCCGACAAAAUCAGGAUAAGAUCUCAAUAAAAUAAUCUAGUAACAUGACAAAGGCUCUGCCACCCCUCUUUCCUUUUCACAAUAUAUGCCCAAAUGUUCAACAACACAAUUAAUUCAUAUAUUUGUACAAUAUAUAUGUAUAUAUUCUAUUUCUUAAACCUGGACUCAUGAACAGACUAAAACAUCUAUUCAUUUAGAUCUCAAUCCAAAUACAGGAUCAUAUAGGGCAAAAAAUAAAUAAAAAAUCCAAAACUUGUCAAGGAGUCAGGCCAAGACAAGCAUUAAAGGUAAUCAAUAAAAUCUUAAAAUUCUUUAUAAUACAUACUGGGAGCCAGAGUACGGAGGCUGAAAGUGUAAUGCGGCAGAAUAAAAUAGAUGUGUAUGGAGACAGUAAAAUACAGUGGAAUAGAAAACUUGCAGAGCAAUUAUAUAGUAACAAUGUUUAUAUCUUUCUAAAAAUGUCACCCCCUUGACUGAUGAUUAUGGAGGUACUGUUAAGCGCACCAUUCUUCAUACGAGAGAAGUCGGUAUGUGUUGUAUAUAAUUCAAGAAAUCAAAAUCAAGAAAUAUUUUAUUUACAUUCAGAUUUCAUUUGUGAUAAUAAAAGAAUGGAGAAGAAAAAAAUUUAAAGUAUUAUGACCUGUUUUAAGUUCAGAUGUCGAACUCUUUGUUUUACCAGAGUCUGUGUCUACUGCUCUGCUUCUAGGAACCAUGAAAUAGGAACUACUACAAGUUUUCAGUGAGUCAGUCAUGAAUGAAAAUGAAAAUGAUGACAGGGGCCUUUCUGGCAAUUUUUUUUAAUGUUUUUUUUUUUAAACAUUUUUGUCUUCUGUGAGAUUCAGUGAAACUGUGUCGGUCAUUACUCAUCUACAUCAUGGGACUUCUUGAAUAUUCCCUGAGGAUGCACAGUCAAAUCUGACCUUCACCGUCUCUUGAAAAAAAAAAAAAGUUUCAGAUUUUAGUUGUUUUAACACUAUAUUGACAACACAGUGGUUUUACCACUGUGGCUGGCUUAGUUAAAUAACCAUGUGAUGAAACUCAGACUAUGACUAUACAGAUGAAACUGCAGAUAUAAGUCAUCUAUGUUGUUAUUCACUGUUUAAUUUAACAAGGACAUUAUUGAAUAUUGCUGUAACUGUGCCAUAGUGGAAAAGAAAAAUUAAAUAUAUAAAAUGAAAGCAUGUUAAAUACACAUAAUCUGUACUCAAAGCCACAAGGGCAUAAUCAAACAACAUGAGAGGAAACUCUUUAUUACAAAGAUUAAAAUAAUAGGUAACUAAAAAAUGAAUAGGUAUUAUAGACUAAGGCAACCUAAACAUUUAAUCAGUUCCGGCUACAAACACACAUUUCCCACAUGUCUGUGAAAAAAAAAUUACAAGAUCCAUUUUCUUUGUGUAUUGCCUAAGAUCUUUGAAAAAAAAAAGGUAUUACAUCUAAUGCUAUAUUAGGCUUCUACUGAACAACUUCCUCACAUUUGCGUGUGACCACAAGAUGUCAUAAUAGAGAAAGAGAGUAAAAAAAAAAAACUCCAGAUCUGCAGAAACCGAAAAUAAGAACAAAUAUAUAAACCGAACGUGAGCUUCACAGUAUAAUGAAGAUAUCUUGCUCAGUGUGGUGUUCACUGCUCCUCCAAGGUAAGUCUAUGCAUAUAGAUAUUUUGGACAUGAGUUUGAUGAUUUGGGUAUUUGUAAGCAGUCUGGGAUACUUCUCAAGUCAAAAGCUUUUACACACCUUCUCAUUCACUUGAAUGAGAAUGUGUCAAAACGUUUGACUGGUACUGCUGUAUAUAGAUUAAUAUUUUAUUUUUUGAAUUAUUUACUGUAUCACCAUGUGAGCAUCUUGUAAAAAGAAAAACACAGCAGGCAACUGUAAUCAAGAGACAGAUGCAAUGAGUGCAUAGUGAGUAUAUGGCAGUGUAUAUAAAUAGAAAAAUGUGUAGGAAACAUCUUAUUUUCAUUUCUUGGACUCAGUGUCCAAGUCAAACUUCAAAUAACGCUUGUCAAACAGCUGUGAUAUUUCUGGAUUUGAAUUUGUGUAGACCUGAGAGAGCUUUUGUUGAUAAAUUACUAGGAGACACCAUUGGAGGACACUGUUAUGCCUAAUCAGCACUGCAGUUUGGAUAGAGAGGUGUUUUCAGUGAAUGAGAAACAUGAUGAGUCAUCAACUAGUGUCAGACAUGAGACUGUCUUACACCAGCAACAUGAUUCAACUAAAAGACUAAAAUGAAAAGCUCCUUCUCUCCACAGAUUAAUCUAGACAGAGCCAAGGAACCUGAAUGAAAACAUAAACUUAACACUUCUAAUUCCGGGUCUCUUGUAUUAGGCCAGCAGUGUGUAGUCUGGAGAUUGGCAUUCAGGAUCUUGCACAAGCUUUUACAUUUGCAAUGCCCCCAACAAAAGGAGUCAACAAUAGAAAAAAUGCUUCCUUCCACACUGAAACCAUUUAGAGGAAUUAAGACGCUGCUUCUACUGUACCAAUUGUAAUGUUACUGUAUUACAUAAGAUGUAUGGGGACUGGAAAAUAUAGACAAAAUGUGCAACAUAACCCAUAACUCUGGUUCUGUCUCUCUUCCAGAUGACUGUUUGGUGGUCUGCUCUCAUCCUCCUUUGCUGUAUACUUAACUGUGUGGAGACUUCUGGUCCAUCUCCAGUCCAGAAGGAAUACAGCAACUCCUUUCUCCUCACAUCUCACACCCGAAACCGUGUCAAGACGCUGCUGAGGGAAUACAAAAAGCAUCAGUUGGAAAAUGUGGAUUUUGAGGACAAAGGCCGGCAGUUAAAGGACCUGCCGUUACUUUCUACAGAUUUCUACAGCUGGCUACAGCUGACGGUUAGUGUCUGUUUGGGUGUUUCAAAAGAAAUUCUACAGGAAGUCACUGUCUGGUGCUUGUUGUGUGCUAAGGACUGGGAACGACUACACACUGCUCUCUGGGAUAUGCAAUCCUUCUGGAACGUGUUGGAGUUGAAGAGAAAGCAGCUGGAGAAGGAAAAGGAAGAGCGGAUGCCAGCGAGCACGUCUAUACCUCGGAGCAUCAAGCACGUUCAGCUGGACCUGAGGGACCUGAUGAACAAAGUCAGCAGUCAGAUGAGUAAAAUGAAGAGGUCUUGGGUGAAGCCAACCUCCCUCACCGUACGGACUCAUCUGAACCCAGAAGCCAACUCCAAAACAGUAUGGGACAGCCGAGUAGAGGGUUAUAUCAUUCUGAGGGAUCUAGACCUUUACCUCACCAAGCUGGCAAGAGAUUUCCUCCUGCUGGCUUCAAGAACACGCAUCUGACU